AUGGCUUUUUCUGGAAACAGGGCCCCGGGGGACGCUUUGCUCCUCGUUAUAAACAAGGAUGCUGUAAACAGCCCCGGGAUCCGGCAGGCUGGGGAAACUGCCUUGGGAAAAGCNGGAGAACAGGGGAGCGCAGGGGGAGAAGGGGGAGCGCAGGGGGAGCGCAGGGAGUGCGAGGAGAGCGCAGGGGGAGAGCACAGGGAGUGCUCAGAAAGCACAGAGGGAGUGCAAGGGGAGCACAGGGAGCGCAGGGGUGCCGGGCCCAUGUCGGGGCGGCAGGAGGAGGCUCUGCCCGCCUGCUUUGCGGGGCUGGGUGCGGGCAGCCCCCUUGCGGGGCUGGGUGCGGGCAGCCCGCGGCCGCGGCAGAAGCGCGGCGGGAUGUUCUGCAGCGUGGAGGAUGCCUUCGACAACAAGACGCUGAACUUCGCCUCGCUCGCUGCCUCCGGAACAGCUACACCCGUCGGGGGGCAGCGCCGCGACCCCCACCCGGGACCGAGCCCCGAGCCCGAGCCCGAGCCCGAUGACCAGAUUCUAAUCAAAGGAGGAAAAAUUGUCAACGAUGAUCAGUCAUUUUAUGCAGACGUUUAUGUGGAGGACGGCUUAAUAAAGCAGAUCGGAGAGAAGCUGCAGGUGGCGGGCGGCACCAGGACCAUCGACGCCCACGGGCAGCUGGUGAUGCCGGGCGGCAUCGACGCGCACACGCGGCUGCAGGCGCCCGCCCUGGGCAUGAGCUCGGCCGACGGCUUCUGCCAGGGCACCCGGGCGGCGCUGGCAGGAGGCACCACCAUGAUCAUCGAGCACGUGUGCCCCGAGCCGGGGGGCAGCCUGCUGGCCGCCUACGAGCAGUGGCGCGGCCGCGCCGACAGCCAGAGCUGCUGCGACUACGGGCUGAGCCUGGACAUCCCCCGCUGGCACGAGAGCCUCCGCGAGGAGAUGGAGGCGCUGGCCAAGGACAAGGGUGUGAACUCCUUCCUGGUGUUCAUGGCCUACAAGGACAAGCUGCAGUGCACCGAUGGCCAGAUGUACGAGAUCUUCUGCACCAUCCGGGACCUGGGGGCCAUCGCCCAAGUGCACGCGGAGAACGGAGACAUCAUCGAGGAGGAGCAGAAGAGGCUGCUGGAGCUGGGCAUCACGGGGCCAGAGGGGCACGUCCUGAGCCGCCCUGAGGAGGUGGAGGCAGAGGCCGUGUUCCGUGCCAUCACCAUCGCCAGGCAGGCCAACUGUCCCCUCUAUGUCACCAAGGUGAUGAGCAGGGGUGCUGCAGACGUGCUGGCUCAGGCGAAGAGGAAAGGCACCGUGGUGUUCGGGGAGCCCAUCACCGCCAGCCUGGGCACCGACGGCUCCCACUACUGGAGCAAGAACUGGGCCAAAGCCGCCGCCUUCGUCACCUCCCCGCCCGUCAGCCCCGACCCCAGCACGCCCCAUCACCUCAGCACUCUGCUGGCCAGCGGGGACCUGCAGGUCACGGGCAGUGCCCACUGCCCCUUCAGCACUGCGCAGAAAGCCGUGGGCAAGGACAACUUCACCCUCAUCCCCGAGGGCACCAACGGCAUCGAGGAGAGGAUGGCCAUUGUCUGGGAGAAGGGCGUGGUCCCUGGGAAGAUGGAUGAGAACGAUUUCGUGGCAGUGACCAGCACCAACGCUGCCAAGAUCUUCAACUGCUACCCCAGGAAGGGGCGCGUGGCUGUGGGCUCUGACGCAGACCUGGUGCUCUGGAACCCCAAGGCUACAAGAAUCAUCUCAGCAAAAACCCACAAUUCGAACGUGGAGUACAACAUAUUUGAAGGCACCGAGUGCCACGGGGUCCCAACCGUGGUGAUAAGUCAGGGAAGAGUUGUCCUUGAAGACGGAAAUCUGAGUGUCACCCCGGGCUCCGGCCGCUUCAUCCCGAGGAAGACAUUCCCUGACUUCGUUUAUAAAAGGAUAAAGGCAAGGAACAGGGGUCACAGGCCGAUGACCACAUUGCCCGGCGCACGGCGCAGAAGAUCAUGGCCCCGCCUGGAGGGAGGUCCAACAUCACCUCGCUGUCCUGACACUGUCCUGGCACCGUCCUGACAGCGUCCUGGCACUGCCCUGGCACUGCCCUGACACUGCCCUGACACCAUCCUGACACUGCCCUGACACCAUCCUGGCACCGUCCUGACACCAUACUGGCACUGUCCUGGCAGUGCCCUGGUACCAUCCUGACAGCAUCCUGGCACUGCCCUGGCACUGCCCUGACACUGCCCUGACACC